AUGACUGGUUCACCCGAUACGAAGUUCCUGCAAGAGCUGUUGUUGUACGCAGCUAGGGCGGCGCUGAGUUACUGGGUAUUGGUCACGGGACUCAGAUACCUUGACCCCAACCGUGAAUCAACGAAGAAAGCUCUUGAACAAAAGAAACAGAUUGCCAAGCGUCUAGGUCGCCCCCUCAUUCAAACCAAUCCAUACGAGGAUGUAAUAGCCUGUGAUGUUAUAAACCCUGACCACAUUGAUGUUGAAUUUGACUCCAUUGGGGGACUCGAAACUAUUAAACAAGCUCUGUUUGAGCUUGUUAUUCUACCCCUGAAACGCCCCGACUUGUUUUCCCAUGGCAAGCUCCUUGGACCACAGAAGGGGGUUUUGUUGUAUGGACCCCCUGGUACUGGGAAAACCAUGCUUGCAAAAGCUAUUGCCAAGGAGUCCGGAGCAGUGUUCAUUAAUGUCAAGAUAUCCAACCUCAUGAGCAAAUGGUUUGGGGAUGCACAAAAGCUUGUGUCUGCCGUAUUUAGCUUGGCUGAUAAGCUUCAGCCUGCCAUCAUAUUCAUUGAUGAAGUUGACAGUUUUUUGGGUCAACGUCGUUCAUCAGAUCACGAGGCUAUGCUUAACAUGAAAACUGAGUUCAUGGCUCUAUGGGACGGAUUCACCACCAACAAGAAUGCUCGAGUUAUGGUACUUGCAGCAACUAAUCGCCCUUCAGAACUUGACGAAGCAAUACUCCGGCGACUUCCUCAAGCUUUUGAAAUUGGAUAUCCAAACCGGAAAGAGAGGGCUGAGAUAUUGGCUGUUAUCUUAAAGGGAGAAAGUAUCGAAAACAACAUAGAUUUCAAUCAUAUAGCGGGAUUAUGUAAUGGUUACACUGGUUCAGAUCUAUUCGAUCUUUGCAAGAAGGCUGCAUAUUUUCCUGUCAGAGAACUACUGGAUAAUGAGAAGAGAGGGAAACAAAGUCAUGAACCUAGACCAUUAUCGCAGUUAGAUUUGGAGAAGGCUGUUGCCACUUCACAGAAAACAACGGUUGCUGCAAAUGAAUACGAUAGAAUGAACCAACAGUCAUCAUCAAGACGGUCGUUUCCUGGUGAGAGUGAUUUCGAUGUUCAAGCUGCAAUCAAGGAAAUUUCUAAGCUUGUGGGUUCUCACAUGAUUAACCUCCAAAUAGAUUCUCAGGAUGCUUAA